CGUGGGAAGGUUCCACUUCUAGGACAGCCAGGCCUGAGGCGCUCCGUGGUCCCCACCACCACCUCCCUCAGUCACCCCAUGCGGCCACGUGGCUUUCCACACUAGGUUCGCCAUCCCUUCCAUGUUACCUUCUCCUCUGUGGCCGUUUCCCCUUAGCACCAGAGGCUGGUCUGCCUCCUCCCCAGGUCGUGGCUGUGGUCUGUCUUGUUCACUGCUGUACACUGGGUACUCGGCAUGCUCUCACCCUCAGCAGACACGCGGUGUCGCCAAAUCCUCAUCCCUGCCUUUGGCUUAGAUCGCAGAACCCUGUUUAUUGAGCUGAAUUACAAAUCCCGAGUGAUAGAACAAUACUGUAUUCUGUGCAGACUAACCUACUCUCCACAACAAAGCAAACACCGUGUUUUCUCUGCAGCUGAGACAGAACCUCACGAGGGAAAGAGGAAAGUGGAAUCUCUGUGGCCCAUCUUCAGGAUCCAUCACCAGAAGACCCGCUACAUCUUUGACCUCUUCUACAAGCGGAAAGCCAUAAGCAGAGAACUGUAUGAGUACUGUAUUAAAGAAGGCUAUGCAGAUAAAAACCUGAUUGCAAAAUGGAAAAAGCAAGGGUAUGAGAACCUGUGCUGUCUGCGGUGCAUCCAGACACGGGACACCAAUUUUGGGACAAACUGCAUCUGCCGGGUCCCCAAAAGCAAGCUGGAAGUGGGCCGGAUCAUCGAGUGCACGCACUGCGGCUGCCGGGGCUGCUCUGGCUGAGCAUCGGGCCCAGACCUCCACCCACCCUGGACUCUGGGCUGCGCAGGACUCCGCCCGUCAUGCCACCCUUUGCUGGGAGCAGCUUUUCCUCAGAGCGGUCCCCAGGCCCGACUAGAAGCAUGGUCUCCUGUGGGAAGGCUUUGGUGUUCAUCAGCUAUGAUUUGUAGAAAUAAAAAAAACUUCUAAACC